AUGGAGCAAGUAGAAGAAGCAAUGCCCGAGAUCAAAAUGGAGACGGAGCUAAAACCCGAGAAACAAGCUGGCACGAGAAAGAGGAAGAAGAAGUUGGAGAUAGCUUGUGUUUAUUGUCGACGGUCACACAUGAUCUGUGAUGAGUCAAGGCCCUGUCAGCGAUGUAUCAAGAGAGGCAUUCAGCAUCUAUGCUACGACGAGCCGUCAAAUCCACGUCAAAAGAAGAAAGCAGCAUCGUUGAGGAAGCCACAUGGUAACUCCGAGCCUUCAACCCCAUCGCAAGAAGCUGAAAAUCAUUUACAAGCGUCUCCUGUAUCUCAGCCACAAACACAGGGACAUGCACAGGGACAGGCACAGGGACAACCACAAACUCAGGCACAGGGACAACCACAGGCGCAACCACCCCAGCCACCACAGGUUUCAACUUCUCAAACUCCCAAGAUGAUGAAGAACUCAGUAUUAUCGCAGACACUUGCAUAUAACCAAGAACCUCUAUUCUACUCGGAACAUGCAGGUAGCGAGUUUAGUUCCUUAAAUGAUUUUCUUUCCAUGAUUGACGACCCUGAGCUAGUCAAUGGAGCUUUAAACGACGACCCAAAUAGUAUAUUGAGUUUUGGCAUGAACAACUUCAGCACGAGUGCUGGUAAUAACAGCAAUUCCAAUUUGAACAAUGUUCUCGCAUUUUCUCCAAAUGCAACCUUGUUUGGACCAACGUUCCCCAACGAUGAGUUUCAACUGAUGCCUCCUCCCCAGAGCCUGGCUACACAACCACAACCACAAACACAAGGCCAAGGCCAAGGUCAAGCUCUAGCUUUAAUACAUCAGCAGCAGCAGCAACAUCAUCAACAACAACAACAACAGCAGCCACAACAUCAACAACAUCAAAAUCAGCAACAGCAGUUACAACAACUACAAGGUCAUGCGAAUUUACCUCCCAAAUCCCCCAAGGUUGAUAACCCGCCCGUGAUUUCCGAUUCAGCUAGAGACAAGUUUUUCCUCACUGCAGCAGACCCCACCACUGAAAUUUCGCCCGAGGAAAGAUUAAAACAAGUCAUCAAGGCCAAAUUGGAAGCCGGAUUAUUACAGCCGUACAACUACGCUAAGGGGUACGCGAGAUUGCAGAGAUAUAUGGAUAAUUACAUGAACAUUUCCAGUCGACAGCGAAUCUUGAAACCGCUUUCAAUAUUCAGACCCGCGUUCCGUGCCAUUGCGAGAACGUUGAAAGACGUCGACUUGGUCUUGGUGGAGGAGAGCUUUGAACGGAUGUUGUUGGACUACGAUCGGGUUUUCACUUCCAUGGCCAUCCCGGCGUGUUUGUGGAGACGUACUGGGGAAAUCUACCGUGGCAACAAGGAAUUUGCCUCCUUGGUGGGUGUCACCACCGACGAUUUAAAAGAUGGCAAAUUGGCCAUUUACGAAUUGAUGAGUGAGGAAAGUGCUGUUAAUUUUUGGGAAAAGUACGGCGCGAUUGCGUUUGAUAAGGGCCAAAAGGCUGUUUUAACCAGUUGCAAUUUGAGGACGCGAGACGGAAUCAAGAGGAAAAGUUGCUGCUUUAGUUUCACGAUUAGACGAGAUCGAUACAAUAUUCCCAGUUGCAUAGUAGGCAACUUUAUACCUAUAGAUCCAUGA